AUGUUAAGGAAAAGCAAAAGGGUGUGCUUUAGCCCUGAGUCAAGUGACAAAACAACCAUAUUUCUCAAGCAUGGUACUUGUGUUGGCUAUGACAGCAGUGGAGGCGGUGGAUGUGGAGGCAGAGUGUUGGGAAGCAAGAAAAGGAUGAUUGGAUGUUGGAAUUUCGGAUUGCUCAAGGAAUCAUCAUCACCUGUUAAAUUUCUAGUAAAGCUUGGAUCAAAAGUAGCAAAUGCUAUUGGAAUUGCCUCUAUGAGAAGGAGAUCCUCAAGGAAAGUUUCUUCAUCGGCUUUGGCACGAUCGCAGUCGCUGACAGGCCCCAUCGACUCACAUCGCGCCAAAGCCGUUGAAGAUUGCAUUGAGUUUUUGCAUUCUUCUUCCUCUAGGGAGAGACCAAGUUCGGUUUCAGAAAUUUCUGGUUAG